AAAAUAUCGAAUAUGAAUAUAUUUGUCACUUUUUUUUUCAAUUAGGCAUAUUGAAUGAAUGUGAAUAUAUACUGGGUAUCCUAGCAUAAAGAGAAUGUCAAUCAGCACAUCCGACGAUACUCGUCGUAAACGACGAGUAAAAUAGCGGUCUUUGCGUGAACAAAUUUGUGAAUUUAUGAACAGUUAAGAAAUAUAUGUAUUCGAUAUUCUAUUCACGUAAUAUUUUAUUCGGUAUUUCGAUAUGAUCGAAUACAAGAGAAAUAUCGAAUAAUAUCGAGUAACGAUAAUCAUUUCUAACUCGUAUCGUGAGAACGAUACUCUCGCAGCAAAGGCGCGAUAACAGUGUCGACCGCGGUGUCGAUAUUGCCGGCCGAUUCGAUUGGGCGAAAUCGCGCUACUCUUCUCCGUUUAUGUCGUCAGGAUCUCCGAUCCUCCGAGAGUUGCACACGGGGAUGAUUCAUAGGGAGAGUGAAUCACGUCGUUUGUUCCCGUUCUCAUAGACAUAAGCGAAUGUGUGGCAGAAACCGACAGAUAUCGCGCGCUUAUCUCGAAUCUGCAGCGAUAACCGCCGAUAAAUAUUGUCGUUCUUUCAUAUCCUGACAUUGUACAAUUUUCGCAUCAUAUUCGUUCGUCAUAUCGUAUCGCGUUCGUAUCAUAUUUUUUCGCGUUUCAAUUUGUAACGUGUUGAUAAUAACAACCGUUGGACUCAAUUAUCACCGCGAUUUCCGUUGAUACUCGGAAUUACUGCGAAUUGUAUACUACUUGGAAGCGCGCCACCCGGUAGAUUCGUUUUGAAAUUUUUUCGCGGGAAACGUGUCAAGUUUUCCGUCCGCAUUUUUGCUUUUGAGCUUAAUUGCAACGCGUCAGAUGUCGUCACACACAGAUGUGAUCGUGACUCUUACGGACGAUCGAGCAUUUCUAGCGCGACGUAAACUUAUUUUUAACCUUAUCACUUAUGACGAGUCGUCAAUGAGCGACGAUCUGUGAUCUGAAGGCGGCGCAGAAUCGAGCAGAUCCGAUCUCUCGAAUUCCCUCAUUCGCGAGCAGGUCCGGUAUAGGAUUAGAAUUGAAAUAUGUUUAAUAUUCUUGUGUAGUGAGUAACUAAUUCUUGUAAAUAGACGCAUAAUGUGACGUUCAGUAAAGCAGAUAUCGUGUUUGCGUCCGUGCGUUAAGCGACGUUUCACGACACUCGCUGGUUCGAACGGAAACCGGAGUCGGAAUUCUAAUCAAAAAUGGCAGACGAUCCGGAUAUUUUACUAAAGGAAGGCUCUUGUACGGACACGCUGAUAAGUGCUAUAGAUCCUAGGGAACGCCAUCUCAUUUGCAAACUCGAUCGCUACCAGCUGGAGGAUAAGUAUCUGCGCUUGCUCGACGAGGCGAGCAAUCUGAAGAAGUUGAGCAACUGCCAGGAGGACAAGAUUAAGAGGCUCGGUACGAAGUUGAUCAGAUUGGCCGGUAAUCCAAGAUCAUGUGGAGUAUCGUUAGAUAUCGCCAGCGACGAUAAGAACAGAAUGUCCGCGCUUGAGCUCGAGAACGCUAAGCUGAAAGAGAAGAUCACCGUGAUGAAGAAUCAAUUGUUAAGUCAUACAAUGAAAGGUAGAUCGUCGUCGCACAGUCGUAAUCUCGUCAGGCCAACGUCUUCCGGGCUCGUGACGUGCCGAAGUGAGAACAACCGCUCAAGAGUACCGUCCUGUCAGUGCAUCGUUGACGCGGGACACGAUGACAGCGAUGUACAGAAUUACCUCGUUAAAAUCGAGAAACUGGAGGUGCAGAAGAAAGAAAUGGCGGAUCGUAUAACAGACUUGGAGAAGGAGCUGGCUCUCUACGCGACCAGCAGUCAAAGGGAGAAGGUGGCGGACAACGUCGAGUACAUACGAGUGUGGCGACAGAUGAAGCAGCUGAAUGAGAAGCUAAUAACGGCUCAGGACAAGAACGCCGCGCUGAACGCCGAGAUGAACGACUUGAAGACGACCAUCGAACAAACGACGAAGAACAAUCAGGAGAUCGCCGCCGUUCUCACGUCGGAGCGGACGCGCAUAGCCGAGAUGGACGGACAGAUGUUGAAAGCGAAGAAUUCGCAGCUCGCGUUGCGCGAGAAGGAGGAGCAGAUACGAGAUCUCACGAGCGAAAUGAAGAUAUUACAGCAACACAAUAACGAGCUUGUCGCCCUCAGCUCAAAGUACGGUCAGCUCGAAAUGGAGAAUAUCGAGCUGAAGAAGAAGCUUUCCGAGCACGUUCAUGAACAGCGGACUCUGAGAACAGCGUUCAACAACGACCAGGCCAAUAUCGUGGCGUUGCAGGUCACCAAUGAGCAGUUGCUCGCGAAACUUCAGGACUUGCAAGCUACCAUAGACAUCUUGACGGUACAAUUAACGUCUGUACAAAAGCAAAAUGAGAAGCGCGACGCUGCGAUGGCGUCACCGUCGAGCGCGCCUGCGUACGUAGCAAGCGAGAAAGAAACCGUUACGUCUAAACAGGCCUGUUCCACUUCCGUAGAACAAUGCAAGAAGUGUUGCGAGAUGUACGACAAAAUCACGCAGUUGGAGAAAGCCGUGGACAGCGCACGAAGAAGUUGGCAGUCGUCGGUGAAAUCGGUACAGACGAUAACCACGCCCGUCAACAUGAGGGAACAGAGCGUAAUGACGAUCGUGGAAGCCGAGGAAGAGACACAUUCGCGGCUGCCGCAGUCGCCAUUGAAAGAGGGUAUAGCGAAUCACGAGACGAACAGUUUGUCGCGGGAGAAAAUAUUGAAGCUGUUAGAUCAGGCGCAGAUUAACACGCCGUUGGAUGCGUCGAAAAUCAGCCAGAAGAGGGAAGAGUACACGGACGUUUUGGAUGUAGCGCAGGCUCAGAGGCACAGGCAAGUUGUACCUCUUGAGAAGCUAUUGUUCGGCGAUUCUAAUUGUUGACGUAUAAUCUGCCUCGAAUUGUCGGCUUUCGGUUAUUUUUUCUUUUUAUGAAGGAGACAGAAUUUCAUAGGUUUCAAUAUGCAGUAUCCAAGAGACCGCAAGGUUGGCUUGGAGGAGAUCGAAUGUUUCACAAGUCGGGUUAUCAUGAAACAGUGAUGAGAACAACAUUUGAAUUGUAGGGACGUACAAUUACGUUCUAAUUUUUAGGUAAAAUUAUGAAAUUGUAGGAUAAGAAUUUCUGAUGUGUGUGGCGAGCAAUGUAAACGUCGAAUAGUAAAUAUAUAUUUUGUAAAUUCAAGCAUGCAUGUGCGCAGAGACGAUACGAAUGCAUAGCUGAAACAUUGGUUAAGUUUUGUACAAUGUGUCAAUAUGCAAAUGAGCGUGUGUAUAUACAUGUUAUAUGCAUUUCCUGGUACUAUAA